UUUUUUUUUUUUUGGUGGGGGAAGGUAUUCGAAUGUGAUAUCCAACGGCGACGACGUCGCUCGUGGGGAAACGUUGCGUAUAAAUUCAACUUAUAGAUUGAAAAAAGAUUGAGCAUCGAACAAACAAAAAAGGCAGUAGCAGAGAAUGCCAUAUGAGAAGAGAGAGAGAGAGAGCGAGAGGGAGAGAGUGAGAGAGAGACAGCAUGAGAUCGCUUUUCGAUCAGUGGCUGUGUCACUUUACUGAGUUCGGCCCGCUCUCUCCCGACAAAACGCGAAAGCAAAAGAAUCACAAACCCUAAUCCCUAAUCCAACUCGCACUGCAUCUCGUUCACACAUUGAUUCACUCUUGUGUGCGCUAUACGGGAACGGUGAAUCGAGAUUGAUCUCGGCUCGGCUCAGUCUUUUGCCUCCGGAAAGAAAACUGAUCCAUUGUCGGUGCUGAUGAUGGAAGUUCUAUUGAGCUGCGGGGAAGAUGAAUGAUACCAAUUGGGUUUGAGUUCCCUUGGAAAACCAGAGAGCAUAAUGAUUUCGGAAGAACUUACGGGGGAGGCAUCUGUUCGUCAGGAUUUUGAGGCUUUGAGUGUGUCGAAACGUCUUGUGAGAAGUGUUAGCCAGAAGCUGAAGAAGAAGAACCGCAGGGAUGAGGGAGAGGAAGAAGAUGAUGGGAGGGGGGUUUCUUUGCGAUGUCUUGUUUUGUAUGGGAGGGGCGGGGGCUGCAAAGUUGGUGCUGACACGAGUGAUGAUGGUGGGGAUUCAAGUAGUAGACGGAGGUCGAGUGCUAGUGAAGAAGGGAAGGGAUACCACACAAUAUGUGGUGGGGCUGAGGAAACAGGAGUGGAUUGCUUCUCGUAUGGGGUAAGGGACAGGUUUUGGAAGAGGAAUAACAGAAGGGAGUUGGAAUUUGAAGAAUCACCACAGAACAGCAGAAUGCAUGUAUUUCUCCCAGAUGACAUCCUGGAGAUGUGCUUGGUGAGGCUUCCCCUGACCAGUCUCAUGACUGCCCGCCUUGUGUGCAGGAAAUGGAGGUACCUGACUACGACUCCCCGGUUCAUGCAAGUGAGACGUGAAGGUUUGCAUCAGAGUCCAUGGUUGUUUCUGUUUGGUGCUGUAAAAGAUGGUUAUUGCUCUGAUGAGAUUCAUGCAUUUGAUGUAUCUCUUGAUAAAUGGCAUAGAAUAGAUGCUGAUAUUCUGAAAGGAAGGUUUUAUUUCUCUGUUGCCAGUAUUUGGGAUGAAGUUUAUAUUGUUGGUGGACGUUCUAGCUUGACCAAUUCGGGGAAAGUGGAUAGAAGCUCAUUUAAAACUCACAAAGGGGUGUUUGGAUUCCGCCCUUUAACUAAAUCAUGGCAUAAAGUUGCAUCUAUGAAGUAUGCGAGAUCAGCACCUAUUUUAGGAAUUUGUGAGAUCAAGUCAGAUGGUUUGAUUUUUCGGAGUCAACAAAAUCGGCAGGAUAGGCGUUUUUCCAGGCCACGUGUUGGCGGGGUAUCAGAUGUUUAUGAAGAUCCUCACAGGAUGUCAUUGAGGCGUCAAUUACGUAGUUCUUUUGAUGAGAAUGAAGCUGCACUGCUGCCCAAUAGGAAGUCGAGCAAAUUUGUCAGACAAAAGAGUGAUCAUUCAAGCACAAAGAACUCUAAAAGGUUUGUGCUUAUUGCAGUAGGAGGUCUUGGUUCGUGGGACGAGCCUCUGGAUUCUGGAGAAAUCUAUGAUUCUGUGUCAAAUAAAUGGACAGAAAUACAAAGGCUGCCUCUAGAUUUUGGAAUUGUAUGCUCUGGUGUCAUUUGUAAUGGGAUUUUCUAUGUCUAUUCUGAGACAGACAAACUUGCAGGAUUUGAUAUUGAAAGGGGGUUUUGGAUUGGUAUUCAAAGCACUCUAUCCCCUCCCCGUGUUCUUGAGUAUUACCCAAAACUUGUGUCUUGUAAUGACCGGUUGUUCAUGCUUUCUGUGUCCUGGUGUGAAGGGGAUGGCCAAAUAGGAAGGAGAAACAAAGCAAUUAGGAAGUUGUGGGAGCUAGACCUCAUGUAUCUUACUUGGACAGAGGUCUCAGUUCAUCCUGAUGCACCAAUGGACUGGAAUGCGGCAUUUGUAGCAGACAGAAACCUUAUAUUUGGAGUUGAAAUGUUCAAAAUAUUUGGUCAACUGCUGGAUUUCUUGACUGUGUGUGAUGCAUCUGAUGUGGGAACAAACUGGAGCCAUAUUUCGAGAAACCAUCUGGGUCAUGAAUUGGAUGCUUCUUCAUGUACGACUAAAUCAAUCGUGGUGCUGCAUCUGUAACUUACUUGGGUAUGCAUGUCCUGUGGAUAAUUAUGGGUAUCUUUCCAUCCACACUUGCAAAAACUUGUCCUCUUGGAAGAGGAACUUGAGCUUGUCAUAUUCUUCAAUUCUUUUGAUGUACACAAUCUGCAGUUCUGCACCAUGUCAGCUGCUCGCGCUCUCGGCUGCUUAUUCAUGUUCUUGUUAAAGGUAUGACUCAUUUGGUUAGAUUCUGGUGUAAUGCGUACGUUGAUUAAGAAAAUUCCGUAUUCAUCCCUUUGUUGCUAA